CCAUGGACUGAUGGACCCCUGACCAAACCGCGACGAUCCUCCCCCAAAACUCACGCUUCUCGCCGCCGCCGCCUCCUCGCUCCUCUCCUCUCCGGCCAUCCGCCGCGAACCCCCGAAAUCUCCCGCCGGCGAAGAUGCACCUGUGGCCGUCGCUCCGGAUCCGCGACUCCUUCAAACACGCCUACCUUGAUAAGCUGGAGUUCAACCUCGCCCGCAUGAAGCGCGCGCGGGGCGAGGACCAGGACCAGGACCAGCAGCAGCCGCCCGGCGACGGGAAGGCGCCGCUGCUCGAGGGCCUCCGGGCUCCGAGGAGCUCGUUCGUCGCCGGCGCGCUUGAGCUCGCCAUGGACGCCGCCAUGCUCCUCACCUGCUGCUGCUGUUGCUUCUGCUGUGGCGCUUGUGGUGACGAGGAAGAUCAUCCUAUUGCUCGCUGAGAAUCACCUUCAGAAGAGUUCCCUGAAGAAAACCAGAAAAUGCAUGGACACAGUCAAAUAACAUCGUCUCUGUAUAUAUGGAUUUUUGGUUGUUCGCUGAUGUGGCUCAAAGAUGCCACUGGCAAAUAUACAUAGAAGUAUUUUUUUUAUGUAGAAAAUUAAUGUAGUUAUACUUCAGAAUCAACAUGUGUGCUCUAGAAAGUCGUAUUUACAUUCAGGGUACUGUGCUUCUCCCGUCACAUUUAUCCUUACCUCUGUACGUUCUAGACGUGUUAAACGCCUAUCGCUGCAUUCAUGGUUACCCUUCGCUCGACAUUUUAAUCUGAUUGGGCCAAUGGCCGAUCACAGGAAAGGUUUGAUUCUA